UGAACCAGAAGAUCCAUCUGCAAUCGAAGAUGCCACUAAGGAUAGUAAUGAUGACUAGAACACUAGUACUUUAACAACUUUAUAUUAAUUAUUUAUGUGUGGGAUGUGGAAUGAAAAUUCUUGCAGUGCUUCAUAAGGUUCACAAGUAUGGGAAACAAGUUAGAAGUGCCUACAGUUGAUCUGAGUGGCAAGGUGGCCAUAGUGACUGGAGGGAACACUGGCAUUGGCUAUGAGUUGGUCAAGGGACUGGCAGAGAUGGGUGCUCACACCAUCAUGGCCUCUAGAUCAGAGGAGAGAGCCACUGCUGCAGUAGCUCGUAUAAAAGAAAGUUCUGAGAAAGAUCUGAAAGUGGAGUUUAUGCGUCUGGACCUUUGUUCCCUCCAGUCCACUAAGGACUUUGUGAGGGCAUUCAAAGAGAAGAACCUGCCACUGCACAUACUCAUCAACAACGCUGGUAUUUUGGCCGUCCCAUUUGCAAGAACAGAUGAUGGACAUGAGAUGCAGUAUCAGGUGAACCAUCUCUGUCCGUUCCUCAUCACCUUGGAGCUACUGCCCAUCGUCUUGGAGACUGCCUCCACCAGCGGAGAUGGUAGGAUACUAUUCGUCUCCUCCUCUGGUCACUACAAACUAUACGCUGGAGAAGUGGACUUCAAUAGCAUUGACUCUGAGGAGAUGUACACAAGGGCGAAAGCCUAUGGACGUACGAAACUGUACAAUGUGAUGACAACAUUUUCCCUACAGCGUCGACUAAAGGAUGUCUCCAUCACAGUGUCUGCUCAACAUCCUGGUGUAGUACGCACCGAAAUUAGCAGGGGUGUUAGUGACAGCAAGGCUCUCCUGCUCUUCUUUAAGUUCAUACUUGCAACCUCUGGUCGAGAACCUAAAGAAGGAGCGGCCACAACUCUGAACUGUGCCGUCAACCCUGCACUCAACUCCCAGGAAGCCUUCUACUACGACAGCUGUAAAGUGACUGCCCCUAACCCUGACGCCAGGAAUGAGACGUAUCAGGAGGAGCUCUGGAGAAGAAGUAUCGAGGCUCUUAGAGACCACCUCUCACCAGAGAUACUGGAGAAGUACGGACCCUCAAUGGCUGUUGAAAGUGUGCAACCUGAACCCCCUUCCCCGCCACUCCCUACUGAGGGUGAGACCGAAGAAGGUGAAGAGAUUCCUACUACUGCAGCUGCUACCGUUACUGCUAGAGAUACAGUUACGACGGAAAUGACUGGUGAUGGGCAGCCUGAAGCUGGAGCACCACCUUCCUCACCCGAAAUAGAAAAUGAAUCAGCUGCAAAUGCCACAGACUAAGGACAGUGAUGACUAGAACACUAGUACAGUACAUUAACAACUUGAUAUUCUAGAUAUUCUAUGUGUGGGAUUGGAAUGAAAA